AUGUCUGACAUUCAGAAAGUUGACGUUGACACCCACGAGGAGGAGGUCGAGGGCAUCGCUCCUCGCGGCUUCAAGUUCGCCGACGUGUUCAGCCGCUCUGACCACGCCGAGUUCCACAAUGAGGCUAUUGCCCGUUAUGGUGAGGAUGGAGCCAUUUCCCCCGAGCUGGAGAAGAGAGUCCGCCGCAAGAUCAAUAGGGUUAUUCUUCCUUGUUUGGGCAUUUGCUAUGCCUUCUACUACAUCGACAAGACUACUCUGAGCUACGCGGCCAUCUUUGGAAUCAACGCACCGAAGGAGAAGGAUGGCCUCGGACUCCACGGGACUCAGUACGCUUGGCUCUCGUCCAUCUUCUACUGGGGCUGGCUCGCUUGGUCGAUUCCGAGUAACCUCAUCAUGCAAAAGACACCGGUCACGUCUUACCUUGCCUUCAACAUCAUGCUCUGGGGUGUCUUCCUCAUGGCCCAGGCUGGUGCCCACUCCUUUGCAGCUCUCGCUGUCUUCCGCGUGCUCUCGGGUGCCUUUGAGGCGAUUGCAGACCCGGCUUUCAUGCUCAUCACAAGCAUGUGGUACACGACCUCCGAGCAACCAGCCGCCAUCAGCUUUUGGUACACCUUCAACGGCGUCGGUGUCGGUAUUGGCGGUCUAAUCGGGUACGGUAUUGGACAGAUCAAGGGGUCGCUUCCAUCGUGGCGCUACGAAUUCCUCAUCGUCGGUGCUGUUUGCUCGGCGUGGUCCAUCGCGCUCCUUUUCCUCGUGCCGAAUAACCACGCCUCGGCGUGGUGGCUCACCCGCGAAGAGCGUCUCGUGGCUGUCGCGCGUCUCCGCCACAACCAGACUGGUAUCGCGAACCGCAAGUUCAAGAUGGACCAGUUUAUCGAGUGUAUGCUUGACCCGAAGACGUGGUGCUUUUUCUUGAUCGGUUUCCUCGGUGCUGUACCGAAUGGCGGCAUCUCCAACUUCUCGACACUUGUGAUCAAGGGCCUUGGCUUCGACACUCUUCACACCACGCUCCUCGGCCUUCCCCAAGGUGCCUUCGUCUGCGUCUGGAUCAUUUCUGGCGCAGUGCUGAACCACUACCUCCCUCCGAACUCGCGGACUUGGGUUUGCAUGCUCUACAUGCUACCCACCAUUGGCGGGUCGCUUGGGUUCCUCCUCGCCCCCAAAAACGCUUACGUGGCACGUUUGAUCUGCUUCUACCUUACUGGCUCGUACCAGACGAGUUUUGUGAUCAACCUAUCAAUUAUCACGUCCAACACGGCCGGACAAACCAAGAAGAUGUUGACGAACGCGCUCAUCUGGUUCGGUUCCUGCGUCGGUUCCAUUGCCUCUCCGUUCUUUUACAAGGCGUCUCAGGCACCCACUUACCCUCUCGGGAUCGCCAGCAUGCUCGCCACCAACAUCCUUGAACUCUUGUGCUUUGUCUGGCUGCGGUGGUAUCUGAUUCGCCAGAACAAGAAGAAGGACGCGGCUAGAGCUCAGGCACAGUCUGACGUUCCCCACGUCAACGCGACCACGUUCAGCGAUCUGACGGAUAAGCAGAAUCCAAACUUCCGAUACGUGUAUUAGGUUUAAUCUUGUCGCUAUCGUUACGAAGUCCGAAAGCGCGGGCAUGAAACUCGGUGACAGCACGGGUAUGACGCUCGGUGCCAAGAACGUGGCGCGGAAAUGCAAAGAGGCGUAUCGUGUAGGUAGAGAAGUUGCUGUGAAUGCCAACAAUCCCUCGGCAGAGACGUGUCGUUGCGGUGUGCUAACCG